AUGAAGCCGGACACGUACCCGAUGCUCAAGACCUCCCUCCAACUAUGCUCGCUUUUCUUCGCCCUCCUCUUCAACUCUCUUUUGAUUUUCCUGGUCAAGACAAAAUCGCCGAAAAAGAUGGGAACUUACAAGUAUCUCAUGAUUUACUUUGCUCUUUUUGCCAUAUUUUUCACGUGUUUGGAGAAUGUUGUGCAGCCGGUGAGUUGUAUCUCGGCUCCCGGUAGAGAUGAAAAAAAGUUGUCAACUAGUAAAAUGUACACAAUUUUAUGCUGAUCAUUUUGUUAGUUGACAACUUUUUGAUAUCUUCCCAGACGGCGGAGAUAUACAGGUUUCGUUUCAGUACGCCCACACGCACGGCUGCAGUUUCCUAGUGAUCAUGCGAUUGGCGCCCAACUCGCUCAUCAACCCUAAAAUUGCAUUUUUCCUUAUUUGUAAGUCCCAAAAGCCUCCAAAUUUCUUCAUUUUCUCCCGAAUUUAGGCUUUUUGACUGGCUGCUUCGGCUUCACGAUCGCCCUGAUUUCCAUCCAUUUCGUGUUCAGAUUGUUUGCUCUUGAAAGGUAACGAUACUUGGAAUCGCUGACGGAUCGCCCUUUUUUCAGACGCGGCAAAUUACGUUACUUUGACCGCAAGUACCUUCCGUUUUGGUUCUCCAUUCCCGUUUUCGUCGGCGCCAAUCACACGCUAUUGUCCGUUUUAGUGUUUGCUCCCAACGAGCACUUUUCAGAUUAUGUGAGGUGAGUAAUGAAUGUGCACUUGGGAUGUGACUAGAUGGAAUAUGUGGUGUACAAGGAAAACAGGCAAUUUGUGGGGCUAUUUGAAACUGAAACGGUGGGGAAAUGUAAAAUUUCUAUCUGCUUCAUAGAUACGAUAUAUAUCUUUUAAAUUUUAAACAUUGGUUCAGCUGUUAAGAAAAAAAGGUUCGACAUUGGAAUGGAAGCUGGCAGCGUGCCCCUCCCAAACGCAUAUGCUGCGCGCGAUUGUUGCAACAUUGCCGCACGCUUUAUUGUUCUUCGUCUUUGUCUUUAUUUUUCGGCUAAAAAUCAGCAGAAACUUCGGGUUUUUCCAUUUUUUACCCGUAUUUAUUCAUUUCAAUCGUCUUUUGCUUUUAAAAAUCAACUUUGAAAACAGAUUUAUCGAUUUUUAGCUUGAAUUUUCGAACAUUUCUCGAUUUUGUGUUUUUCUCCCUUCGAUUUCGCUGAAUUUGAGAAUUUUCAGGAUUUCCACCUACGGAAAACUCGAACAAGCAACAAAAGGGCAUGGAUUUCUUCUUUUCGUGUUAGUUUUUGACGUAACAAUAAUUUUCUCUCCGAUCAACGUUUACAGACUCCACUCCGCCUCCCGUUGGAUGAAUUGGCACUAAUAACAAUUAUUUUAGAUGUAUUUAUUACGUUUUCAAAUAAAUUAAAUGACAUGACAAGUGUAAGAAUUUUAGUAUCAGUGGUAUUCAAUUUUCCUCUCCUUUUUUCCGGAUUGAAGCGUCCACGGACUUUGAAAAAACGGUCGGAGAGAAAAUAUCUUCGUUCCUCUUCAAACUAAUACGACAAGUUUUUGUAUAGCGUUGUGUGCUGACGGUGGAGUGGAGAACACGGAGUCGUGGCGGGGUACACUGGCGCAAGUGCGCUCUACUGAAAUUUUCAAAAAUUUUGCUUUGGCCUAAUGCUUUAAGAUAGGGGCGCUACGCAAUCGACCGUCGGCGGAAGUUCAAAUUUUAGUUUUCGAUGUACCCAUGACGACCCCGUGGGAGAAGACGGUCUGUAAACGUUGAUCGGAGAGAAAAUUAUUGUUACGUCAAAAACUAACCCGAAAAGAAGAAAUCAAUGUCCUUUUGUUGCUUGUUCGACUUCUCCGAAGGUGGAAAUCCUGAAAAUUCUCAAAUUCAGCGAAAUCGAAAGGAGAAAAACAGAAAUCGAGAAAUGUUCGAAAAUUCAAGCUAAAAAUCGAUAAAUCUGUUUUCAAAGUUGAAGUUUAAUAGCAAAAGACGAUUGAAAUGAAUAAAUAUGGGUGAAAAAUGGGAAAAACCAAAGUUUCUGCUGAUUUUUAGCCGAAAAAUAAAGACAAAGACGAAGAACAAUAAAGCGUGCGGCAAUGUUGCAACAAUCGCGCGCAGCAUAUGCGUUUGGGAGGCCGGGCCUUGGCACGCUGCCAGCUUCCAUUCCAAUGUCCAACCUUUUCUUUUUCAACAGUAGUUCCAAACGUCUUUCAGAAAAAGCGUCUUCGAGAACUAUGGCCUCCUAAUCGACGAUCAAGUGUACAUGGGCGCCUAUUUCUACCCGCCGGAUGCUUCGGGAACUCCGAAAUUGGACUGGACCGUCGCACUCGGAUUCGUUGAUCUUUUCCUGACCGCGGUAUCGUAGGGUCCAAGUUUCAGACCGAUAAUCCUCAUAAGGCGCCAUAAGUUACGUGGUGGAUUAUCCUACGAGUGAAUAAUCGGUCUGAAACUUGAAAUCAAGAUGCUUUUAUCCGAAUCUAGUGUUAGCGACGAAUCCGACAAUUGCAACUUCGAUUUCAGUCAGUUUCCUUCUCGAUUCUAAUCUACUGUGGCUCGAGAAGCUAUUGUAAAAUCAAGAAUUUGAUGAAAGAGGGCCGAUCGAGGUACACGAGGAAUCUGCAGAAACAGUUGUACAAGGCACUCGUCGUUCAGGUGGGUCCGAACAACAAGUAGAAGGACACCGCGAUACCAUGUGUUCAAGACAAUGUAUCUCAGCGGUUUGUGAAGUUAUCAAAAAGUUGUCAACUGAUGAAAUGUACAAAAUGUCUUGAUGAAUAAGUCAUUAGUUGACAACUUUUUGAUAUCUUCAUUGGCGGCUGAGAUACAUCGUUUCGAAUAGAGCGCACCGAAGCGGCUAUUUGCAGGCAUGCAUCCCGACCGUCCUAAUGUUCGUUCCCGUCGGAAUCUUCAUCUCCGCCCCGCUUCUCUACCUGAACGUCGAAUUCCUCAGCAAACUCACCACAAUCACCUACGCCGUUUACCCGGCAAUCGAGCCGAUUCCCAUCAUUUUCAUCGUCGACGACUACCGAAAGGCAACUGUUUGUGAGUGACAGAUCUUCAUGGAAUUGGAAACGUUCCAUUGUUUCUAGCAAUGCUCAAAUUGGAUUGGUGCAAACGGAACAAGGUUUCGAAUACGAAUGAAGAAGUGAGCACAACCGAGAAUUCGGGAAAUGCACAGAUUUGA